GCGCGUGCCGGAAGCCGUGCGCGUCAACGCCUGGGCUCAUGUCACCAAUACAGAAGCCGGAAACCCAGUCAGCACCGUGAGGGAGCUACAGUAUAUGCGGAGAGCUGAACAAACCACUUACAACAUAUUCACACUGACACUGACAGAACGCUGUAAGAAUGUCCCAAUGGCAUCAACUUCAUCAACUGGAUACACAGCUCCUGGAAAAGGUAGACCAGUUGUAUGAUGAUACCUUUCCCAUGGAGGUCCGGCAGUUCCUAGCACAUUGGCUGGAGCAUCAGGAUUGGGAUCUUGCCUCGAAUAAUGAUUCACUGGCUACCCUUCUGUUCCAUAAUUUAUUAAAACAAAUAGAUGACCAGUAUAGUCGUUUCUUCCUUGAAAAAAAUUUUCUGCUUCAGCACAAUCUGAAAAGAAUUAAACAAAACCUUCAGGUGCAGUAUCUAGGCAACCCUUUGCAUAUGGCGUCAGUUAUUGCAAAUUGCCUCAAGGAGGAGCGGAGGAUUCUAACAACUGUGAACAUGCCUGAACAGGGGCUUGAGGAAAAAUUACUACAGAACUCCAUGAUUUCAGAAAGGCAAAGAGGUCUGGAACACAGAAUGACUGCUAUUAAGACCAAUACACAGUUGGUAGAACAAGAUGUCAAAAAUCUUGAGGACCUGCAGGAUGAAUUUGAUUUUAGAUACAAGACACUACAAACACAAGAACAUAGUGAUAGAAACAGUGUUCAUGUGAAGGAGGAAGUUUUUCGGUUGCAAGGAAUGCUCAAUCAACUGGAUCAUAAACGAAAGGAGGUACUCCAUAAAAUCACAGAAUUGUUAAACCAAAUGGAUUUUCUAAUGAAUAGACAACUGUUUGAAGAGCUAACAGAAUGGAAACAACGACAGCAAAUUGCUUGCAUUGGAGGUCCACACAAUACCUGCCUUGAUCAACUGCAGAACUGGUUUACAUUGUUCGCAGAAAGCUUGUUUCAGGUCCGAAGACAGCUUAAAAAACUCGAAGAACUGCUGCAGAAGGUGACUUAUGAAGGAGAUCCAAUGCCUCUGCAGAGACCUCAUUUGGAAGAAAGAGUAAACAUUUUGAUUUACAGUUUCAUCAAAAGUUCCUUCUUAGUAGAAAGACAGCCUUGUAUGCCAACCCAUCCACAAAGACCUAUGGUCCUAAAAACAGGAGUGCAGUUCACUGUGAAAUUAAGGUUUUUGGUAAAAUUACCUGAGUUGAACUAUCAGCUAAAGGUGAAGGCUACAAUUGACAAAGAAAGUUCAACAGCAAGAGGAUAUCGCAAAUUUAAUAUAUUAGGCACUAAUAGCAAAGUAAUGAACAUGGAAGAGUCAGUCAAUGGAAGUCUUUCUGUGGAAUUCAGGCACCUGAACAGGUUUGGUCGUGGCUAUGAUGUCUUCCAAAACAGCCUGUUGACAUUCAUUUCCUUGUCUGGUGACUGGAAAAUGCAACUCAAAGAACAGAAAUCCUCUGCAGGAACUAAAGGAAAUGAGGGUCCUCUGAUUGUGACAGAGGAGCUUCAUUCAAUCAAUUUUGAGACACAGUUUUGUCAUCAAGAUUUGGUCAUAGAUUUAGAGACCAGCUCUUUGCCUGUAGUGGUCAUCUCCAAUGUAAGUCAACUGCCUAGUGGCUGGGCUUCUGUUAUAUGGUACAACAUGUUAAUGAAUGACCUCAAGAAUUUGGCUUUGUUCACCAAUCCUCCUACUGCCACUUGGAGUCAGCUGUCAGAGGUGCUGAGUUGGCAGUUCUCUUCUUAUGUGGGACGAGGUCUGAGUUCUGACCAGCUCAACAUGUUGGCAGAGAAGCUGCUGGGACAACAGCUGAGUUACAAUGAUUGUCACGUUUCAUGGAACAAGUUCUGUAAGGAGAAUCUUCCUAACAGGUUCAGUUUCUGGUUGUGGUUAGAUGGAAUCCUGGAACUCAUCAAGAAGCACCUAUUGGCUUUAUGGAUAGAUGGGUACAUUGUGGGAUUUGUGAGUAAGGAAAAUGAACGUGCUUUGUUGAAGGAUAAACCAUCUGGCACAUUUUUAUUGAGGUUCAGUGAGAGCAGCAGAGACGGUGCGAUUACAUUUACCUGGGUUGAUCGAUCUGAGAAUGGGGAAAUGAAAUUUCAUUCAGUAGAACCUUACUCCAAGAGCCAGUUAUUAGCGGUUCCUUUGCCUGACAUCAUCCGUGAUUACAAAGUAAUGGUGGCUGAGAAUAUUCCAGAGAACCCACUACAAUUUCUAUAUCCCGAUAUUCCAAAGGACAAAGCUUUUGGAAAGCAUUACAACAAUAAGCCAAAAGAAGUAUCUGAACCCACAGAGACAGAGAAGAAAGGCUAUAUUUCCUCAAGGUUUAUACCAUUCUCUGAAUUUCCAAAUGCUUCAACGGCUCCAGUUUCAUCAUCAGACCUACUUCCUAUGUCACCAGGAGUGUAUGCUGAACUGAAACAGCAGCUGAGUCCAGCAGAAAUAGAGACUGCUGUAUGUUUUGAAGCAAUGAUUUGAUUAUGGUUGACUUCCAUAGUUCUUUUCACAAUAACUCAGACAAUAAACACUCUCUAAAUCUAA